UGAUCGAACACCCUCAGUAUAAAAACCCCGCGUGAGUUUAGGUUUGAUACAAAUUGAGUAUGAUGUUCAAUGACGGUGAUAUGAAGUUAGUUCUGCUAGCGUGCGUCCUUACCAUUGGCUUAAUCUGCUCUGUGGAAGGACAAACAAAAGGUUGCAGCCACGGGAGCUUCAGCCCGCACCCUAGCGAUUGUACAAUGUACCAGGUGUGUGUCCACGGGUACCUGCUGAAUAUGACGUGUGUUUACGGCACGGCCUGGAGUCAGGCCAACUCCUCGUGUGUAGACGCGGCCACUGUCAACUGUACACUCCAAGACGACACCAAAGAUUCCAAAUCGUUUUCCUGCCCUUCCACUUUCGGGGAGUUCCCCGACCCCAAGAACUGCCAGAAUUACUUCGUGUGUUCGUUUGGGAGGGCGACACAAAAACAGUGCCAGGGAAACACUGGAUGGGACCGGAAGCUGAAACUGUGCAACUUUAAAUACAAUCUGCCGAACUGUUCUUAAUAUGUACAUGUACACGAGAGAUGAACUGUAUAUGUAUAAAAGAAUAAAUAAAGGAUUCAUAUUUUUUCUGAAUCUGCUCUAGCUACCUACUUGUAUCUCUUUCGUAACAUGCACGUAUAAUUUAUUAAUUGCUGUACAU